AGGAGGAAAGGAGGGACGACGCGGAAGAGGAGCAGAAGCUUCGAUCCUUGUUCAUGGCUUCCUCGCCUGCUGCUGUCAAUCGCCGAUCCGACGGCCAACUCUACGCCGUCGCUUUGUCCCGCACCGGGGAAGCCAAAGCCCAAGCCGCCUUGGCCAAGAUCAUAGCCAUCAUCUCCACCACUCCUGCCCCGACUCCUCCUCCUCGCCCCGUGUCCGACGCGUUCGGCCGCGGCGUCGGCGGAGAUCUCGGGGCGGCCCGUGGGAUGACGAAAGAGCCGGGCUUUGGCGUCGAUCCGAGGCUUAGGUGGGGCCUGACGCCAGAGAUCGGACGAGGACCCGCCGAGGGAGAUGGCCCCACGGCGCACGGGGUCGUCGUGGAUGCCUCCGCGCCGGUGGAGUCCGGAGGCGCGGAGGGCGCGACCUUCGCGAUGGCCCCAUCGGCGGCAGUUGGCGGCGUCGACGUUUUGACUGCGGUCAAUAGUUCCGAGGGCGAAUGCGAUCCUGAAGAGAAGAACGAGGGCGAGGGCCACGGGGAGGCGGCAGAACACGACGCCAAAAAGGAGGUCUUCUCAGAACAAGAAGAAACGAAGGGAAGCGGGGAAGGAGAAGAAGCGGCGACCCCUGCAACCACCACCACCACCACCAUCACGAGCAGCAGCAGCAGUAGGAGCGCAGGAAAGGACCGCGAGAAUCAGGGAUGCUUGGAUUUGCUUCUGGAGGCUGUCCGUCAGGUGUCAGGCGGCGUCUUCGAGGAGGGGCCGGAGGAAAAGAAGGUCGAGCCAGAGGCUUCGCCCGCGGAGGGAUCCUCCGCCCCGCCCGACAGGGCGCCGACCUUUUCGGGCGGUGGGGGAAAGAAACGGUGGAUUCCGUCCGAUCUCGACGAUACGGAGACGGCCCCGAUCGUGCGCUCGAAGCGGGGAAGGAGCCAGGCGCUGCCGUGGAGGUACCGCGACUCUGUCCUCGACCCUUGGCGGAAGCCGCCCGCCCUCACCCGCCACGGCCGGGCGGCGUGGCCAUGACCGAGCCGCCGCCCCCGGCGCCCGACCGCAGCAAUUGGAUGUCGUGACCUAUUUCGUUCCCGUUUUCUUUCUUUCUUCUCUUUUUGUCUACAGUAUAGUAGUCCGGUAUUGACGUAAGCAGAAUGCAUAAGCGUUUAUGUUUUGCUAUCGUUGGAGAAGAAUGACCAUCAAAAGCUCUCGUGUCGGAUAUUGCCAAUAUUAUAACUAUAUUUACUAUCUAAC